AUGCCAGGACUUCUUAUUCAGACGACGCCUUGCAAGCGGGAUUGUAUCAGCUAUUCCAAAAUCCCAUCGAAUCGCUCUACACCCUCGCCGUCUCCUUCACCAACGCUUCAAUCGCGGCCAACGAUUCAUUCUCGUCGUACACUCUCUUAUACGUUAAGACGAUCGGGAUCUCAAUCCCCUCCUCCUACUCUUCCCGGAUUAGGGAUCUCAAAUAUAGGACUUCCGGUCCCGACAAUAACACCGAGGGUAGAGGCGGAGAAGAUUGAGAUCGAGACGGCUUUCGAAAUUCCAGAGAAAGAAAAAAGUGAUGCGGAGUGCUGGAGUAGGAUGUUGAAGUUACAGAGGGAGUUCCAUUGUUACAACAGUGCGAGACUGGAGGCUGCAGUUGAAGCAUUGGAGAUGGGGUGGGGAGAGGAUGCUGUGCAAAUGCAGGAACUAUGA